AUGGCUCCGAACGUUAAUUUCGAAGGUCCUGGACGCCAAAUAAUGGCUCCGGACUUUUAUUUAUGUUUAACGAACGUUAUUAACGUUCAUUUUUUUGACUUUUUAGGUCCUGGACGCCGAAGAAUGGCUCCAGACUCUUAUUUCGAAGGUCCUGGUCCUUCAGAGAUAACUGUUCUUCAGUUUUGGACUUUGGAGACGAAGGUUCUUCAGUUUUGGACUUUGGAGACGACGGGUUCUUCGGUUUUGGACUUUGAAGACGAUGGGUGGGUUCUUCAGUUUCCGGACUUAGUGUUUCAAUCCGUUUAUCCACAAUUCGUAUCGUGGACGCCUAAUCUUCCGGAUUCCCAUUUCAAAGGUACGGGAAUUCGACUGGAAUCCCAAUUCGAAGGUCCGCAGCUUUCCUUAAAGGAAUUUCAAAAUUUUGCGGCUUCCAGUCAAAAUAACUGGAUUUAUAAAAUUGGCCAACACUGCUUUAUAGAAAAGUUCAUGGAAAGAACUUCGAAGAAAGCUCCUUGGACGGAACUUCGAAGGUCCAUGACUUUUUGGAUAAGAACUUCUUUAUAG